UGCUCCCGCUUGCAGUGAUUACACAGCAGAAAAAUCGCUAAUGCAUUUGGAAUCUGGCACCACCGUCGAUGCAGAUAUAGAGGGGGUUGGGCAUCGAAAGAUGAGCUGCAGCUAUUAAGAAGUAACUUUGGUCUCUUUUUAUUUGCAACAGUAGCUUUUUUUUUACAUUGCACAAGGCGAGAGUGAUGGUGGUUAUUUCAGGACCCAAGGGAAACCAGGAAUCAGAUGAUACAAUGUCGGGUUCCGAACCAGAAGACGACGUUAGGAAGCCAGCUCCCAACCGACCCGCAAACACAUUGAUUAUGCAAAAGUUCCCAGAGGUUGUUCCACUGAAUGUAGGAGGCAUGUAUUUUACUACAAGGCUCUCCACUCUGAGGCGCUAUGAAGACACUAUGCUGGCUGCAAUGUUUAGUGGCCGACAUCAUAUUCCUACUGAUUCAGAGGGACGAUUCUUUAUUGAUAGAGAUGGGACCUGCUUUGGAGAUAUUCUUAACUUUUUACGGAGUGAUGACUUACCUCCUCGUGAGCGAGUGAGAACAGUUUAUAAAGAAGCACAGUAUUAUUCUAUUGGACCACUGCUCGAAUGUCUGGAUGAACUGCAGCCCUUGGCUAGUGAAAAAGUCAGGAAGGCAUUUUUGGACUUGCUGCCUUAUUAUAAAGAAAACUUGGAAAGGAUCAUUGAAGUUGCGAAACAGAGAGCAAUUCAACGAAAGGCAAGAUUUGCAAAAUUGAAGAUUUGUGUUUAUAAGGAGGAGAUGCCAGUUACACCAUAUGAACGUCCGCUAUACAACUCGCUACGUUUUGAUAGAAGUGAGAAUGAGACAAAACUCUUUGAGCAUCAUUGUGAAGUUGAUGUGUCAUUUGGCCCAUAAGCAAUUGCUGAUGUUUAUGACCUUCUCCACUGCAUCGUGACAGACUUGGCAGACAGAGGUAUUACUGUGGAUCAUCAGUGCAUAGGUGUUUGUGAUAAGCACCUCAUAAACUAUUAUUACUGUAAACCAAUUUAUGAGUUCAAGAUUACUUGGUGGUAACUGAAUUUUAUAAUUAUUUUGAGUUUCCUUAUAUAUCUGAUAAACUAUUAUAAGCAGAUAACUUUUGAAAUUUAACAUUAAAGAUACCAGCAAAACUCAGCAAUUCAAUCUACAGGUGUGUUCUGCACACAGAAGUGCACCGUGUCUUGUAAUGAAACA